GCAUCAGCGUCGUCCGUCAGUCCAGUGGAUUGAUUGCAAGAGUAAACAUUGCGUGUAUCGUCGUCGGUCGUUAAAAACAUUUUCCCUUCAAGCGUCCGGUUGUUUUUGCUCUAAAUGGUGAAACUGAAUCAAUCAGCGAACUGCGCUACUGCUACCAAUUGCUAAAUCAUUGAAACGCUCAGUAUCGCCCCUCAAUCCGUCGCAUCGAAUUAGCAUCUUCUCGUAUGCAAAGUGUGAAAAUUAGCGAUAAUCGUAUUCCUCAGCACCCAUAUUGUUGAUACCUACCUACCUCGCUGUCGUCUAAAUCGCGUAUAGUCGGUCGUCGGGAGUGCCAUCAUUAUUUUGUACAAGAGUACAAGUCAGUUGCAUGUAUAAGUGAGCGUAGGGAGGAGGUGGAAAAUUUUCGCCUAGCUCUACCUGGAAGUCCACCGUUGCAUCCCCGUGAAGCUGUGUAGAACGGAUCUUCCACAGUUGCAGCAUCAAUAUGGAUCGAGAAGCGGAAGCAUCAGCAGUGCGUUUUUCGUUAGCUAAUCAUUAUUGAAGUUAACAUUGGUGAAUUGAUGUGAAAACUCUAUUUAUGCCCAGAAAGUCUAAUCUGCUGUGGUGAUUUCUAGAUGGGAUUUAGCUAGUGCUGGUGAACAUAGUGGUGGAUUUGCAUCCUGCUUCCAAAAGCGAAGAGAAAGUGCAAAAUUUGCAAUUCAUCUCGGUGUAAAUAUACCUACCUUCGUACACACAAAAUAGUGAAAGCAAAAAGGAAAAAUUGGUGCAUGGGAUUAUAAGAAAAGAAAAAUAGCACUGGAGAAUCCAGAAAAUUGAUGUGCAAAACCCCGAGCCGUCUCCGUUAGCGAGCCGAAGAAAGCAGCAUGGAAGUACUAAUCCACGAACCGGAUGAUGGAACAGCAGCGAAAGACAGCGAACAAUUUCUCAAAGCAUCGUCACCAACUUUUUUACUGCCAGCCACUACCACUACUACUCUUACCGGCAGAAACAGCCCAUCGUCAGUGUCGGUGGGGUCUAUCACGCCAACGAAAGCGAAAGCGGAGUUCAUCUGUGACCUAGAUUUGCACUCGCCGGUGAUCGGUACGAAAGAUCGUCCCUAUCAUCACCAUCUGCUGCUGAAUCACCAUCACCAUCAUCACUACCACCACCUGCAGCUCCACGGUUCCGGCUCUGCCAACAGCAUUAACAAAUCUCCCACCGCCAAAAGUAGUAUCGAAAUGCGGGACAACUACUGCUUCUACCGGUUGCAGCGGUUCGUUUCACGAAAUCCGGUGCUCAACUACCUGCUGCCGCUGUGUGCGAUAGCGGUGUUAGUGUUCGUGAUCUAUGCCUUCCGGGAUUAUGCCAAAAGUUUGCUCUACUGGAUCGAGAUGCAAAACUCGUGGAUCACCUUCUGUAUAUUUUUGUGCCUGUUCACGAUUGUCAGUUUUCCGGUCACGGUCGGCUACCUGGUGCUGAUCAUCAGCAGUGGCUAUCUGUUCGGAUUCAUCAAGGGCCUGCUGACGGUGAUCAUCGGAGCUAACCUGGGAGUAGCCAUUGCACACAACAUCAUCAAGGGCAUGCAGUCGAAGCUCCCGGUGCAUAAGUUGAUCAAAAAUGAGACUGGCCGUGCCAUCCUGCGAGUGAUAUCAGGACCACGAGCAUUUAAAAUAGUAUUAUUCACUAGACUGACACCGAUUCCCUUCGGACUGCAGAAUACGAUUUUCGGGAUCAGCGCUGUGAACUCACGCAGCUACCACACCGGUACGGUGAUAGGCCUGCUGCCGGCACAAACAAUCAACGUCUAUCUGGGAUCCAAGCUGCGCUCGAUUCAUGAAGUACUGAACGACCACAACGCUGCCCUUGGAUUAGCCGGCUAUGGAGUAUUUGUGGUAGAGGUGAUUGUCGGCGCAGCACUGAUGGUGUGGGUUAUACAGAAGGCCCGCACGGAGCUAUCAGCGGCCUUGUUAUCCGACAUGGAUUCGGAUGAGAAGAUUCUGAUCGAAGUGGAAGCGUAGGUUUGUCCGGGGCCUAAAUGGGCAAGCAGCUUUUCACCAAAGACGAAAGCUUGUCGUCGUGAAUACCUAUAAAAUUUAUUUGUUAACCAAUGUAAGGUAUUUAGGGUAGUUGAGGAUGAGCAAACAAAGAACGAAUCAAGUCGAA